AUGGCUCUGGACAGUGAGCGGAAGGAGCUGCUGUUGAAAACGCUGUUGGAGCUGGGGAAAGACGACUUUGAGUCCUUCAAGUUCUACACGGACCUGCCUCAAAGCGUACGUGAAAACCCCAGCCGGGUGUACAUUGCUGACGAGUUGAUGAAGAAGCACGGGAAGAACGCUCUGGAGGAGACCAUCAAGAUUCUGGAGAAGAUCAGUAACAAGAACUUGGCCGAGAUGUUGCGUCGCAACAUGCUGGAAAUAAAAGGUGCCGUCUUCUCCGUUCAUGAUGAUGAUGAUCAGAUUUCCAGAUUGAAGGCUGACCUGCAAGGCAACCUGCGGUGUUUGUACAGUUUUGUCCCAGAGGGCAAUACCGAGCGCUGGAAGCAGCAGCCUUUGGCAGACAUCUACACGGAGCUGGAGGUCAGCUACGGGGCCGACGUCCGCCCCGACGAGCAGCACGAAAUCCUUCAGAUGGAGACGUGCGCAACGGCCAAAGAGUCUAUCCUGCCAUGCGACAUCUUCAAAAGCCCCGAUGGGAAGCAUCGACCGAUACGCUCGCUGCUCACUGUCGGCUUCGCGGGAAUCGGAAAAACCUUCCUGGUUCAAAAGUUUGUGUGUGACUGGGCCAGCGGGAAUACCAAUCAGGAUGUGCACUUCAUAUUUCCCUUCACCUUCCGGGAAUUGAACGCAGACAAAGGGAAAAGCUUUACGCUGGCCGAGCUAAUCCGACGCUACGUCUGUGAGAGCAGGCACAUGAGCGAGGAGACGCUGAACAAAAUAUUUGCCGACCUGCAGACAUCUGGAAAGCGGGACUACGAAAGCAGCGGGAUCAAGAUCUUGUUUGUCCUAGAUGGACUGGAUGAGUGCAACUUCAAAAUGGACUUGAAGAACGACACCAAAGUGGACACGGACGUGACGGAGGCCUACCCGCUGGAGGUGCUCCUGGCGCACCUCCUGAAGAGGAAUCUGCUACCCUGCGCCCGGGUUUGGAUCACUACGCGUCCCGCGACGGCCCACGAUAUCCCCUCCGAGCUCAUCGACAGCAGAACAGAAGUGAGAGGGUUCAGCGAUUCCCGAAGGCUGGAGUACUUUAGAAAAAGGUUCCCAAAUGAGGAUCACAUCAUGAAACACAUCCAGAAAUCUCGCACCAUCUUCAUCAUGUGCCACCUGCCCAUUUUCUGCUGGCUCACCGCCACAGUUCUUCAGGAUCAUUUGGACAGAGGGAAGGCGGAAAAGCUUCCGACAACCCUGACAGACAUGUACUCAGAGUAUGCGUUCAACCAACUGAAAAGGUCAGAGGAGAGACAGACGACAGAGUAUGUCUGUGUGCUAAAAGCGCUUGCAAAGCUGGCCUUUCACCACACCAUGAAUAAGCGUCAGAUCUUCUACGAGAAGGACCUGGUGGACAGCGGCUUUGAUUACGGCCAAGCUGCUAAACACUGCGGUUUGUUCACCGAGGUGUUUAAAGAGGUCCGUCCGCUUAGAAAAAACCAACAGGGCAAGAUGUUUCAGUUCGUUCAUCUGACCAUCCAGGAGUACCUGGCUGCACUGCACGUAAUGAUGAGCCUCUUCCACGAGAACAAGAACGUACUGGAUGAUUCAGAAUGGUCGCUGAAGAAAAUUGUCAGACUUUUUAAGCAGAAGACAAUCACUCAGGUACACAAGUCAGCUCUCCAGAAAGCCUCGGAGAGUGAAGGAAAUCUGGACCUGUUCCUCCGCUUCCUCUUUGGCCUUUCCUUGCCGUGCUACCAGGAACUAGUGGGGGAAGUGCUGAAGCUUCCUCCGGACUGCGUGCAAAGCAAGUCCAAGACAGUCGAGUUGAUCAAGGAAAGGAUAAAACAGAACUCUCCAGAGAAGAACGUCAACUUAUUCUACUGCCUAAAUGAGCUGAAGGACGACUCUUUGCUUAAGCACAUCCAGCAGGAACUAAAUUCAGUACGUCAGCACUGGCGCGACAUGCCAAAUGACAUGUGGUCGGCCCUGGCCUUCUUCUUACUGACAGACGACGAAACCAUGAAGUCCUUUCACCUGGGGAACUACGCCCCAUCACCUUUGGGGCUGGAGAAGUUGUUGGUGGUGGUCAAAGCUUCUCAAAUGUCAAUUCUAAGUAAAUGUAACUUGGACAAAGGCAGCUGCCAUCUACUGGCUUCCGUUCUCAGCUCUCCAUCCAACCUGAGGCAUCUGGACCUGUACUUCAAUGAUCUAUCGGACGAGGGGGUCGAGAUCCUCUCGAAUGGACUGUCUAGUCCACACUGCAUCUUACAGGUCCUCAAUCUGGAACACUGCGGGAUCACGAAGCGAGGAUGCGUUUCAUUGGCCGAGGCUCUCAAGUUAAACCCCUCCCAUCUUCAAGAGCUGGACUUGAGCUCCAAUGAUCUCUCAGACAGGGGGGUCGAGAUCCACUCGAAAGGACUGGCCUUUCCACACUGCAUCUUACAGGUCCUCAAUCUAAGUGAAUGUCGCCUGGACAAAGGGAGCUGUCACCUGCUGGCUUCCGUUCUCAGCUCUCCAUCCAACCUGACGCAUCUGGACCUGAGCGAUAACAAACUGUCGGACGAAGGGGUGGAGAUCCUGUCGAAAGGACUGGCCAGUCCGCACUGCAUAUUACAGGUCCUCAAUCUGGAACACUGCGGGAUCACGAUGCGAGGAUGCGUUUCAUUGGCCGAAGCUCUCAAACUAAACCCCUUCCGUCUCCAAGAGCUGGACCUGAGCACCAACAAUCUGACUGACGAGGGGGUCAAACACCUCUCGGAAGGACUGGCCAGCCCAUACUGCAACUUGAAACGCCUUGGGCUGUACGACUGUAGGAUUACCAAUAAAGGAUGCAUUUCAUUGGCCGAGGCUCUCAAGUUAAACCCCUCCCAUCUUCAAGAGCUGUACCUGAGGCUCAAUAAAAUAGGAGAAGAAGGAAAGAAGGUCUUAUCGGACGUCCAAGAAGAUCCCAGCUAUGGCUUGAAGACUGUCUACUUUAGCUCGUGGCGCUAA